UUGGAGAAGAAAAUUCGAGAAAAAUGGACACUGAGCAGUUCAAGAUUUUUAUGAAGCAUCAGGAGAAGGCGCAGGCUGAGCUCAUUGCAUCGUUGCAAAAAAUGGUCGUGAAGCAGUCAACAACGCCGGCCGCUGGAAGUUCGGCGGGCCCCGCUUUGCCGCUUCCCCCUCCGCUGGAGCUGGCCGGAGACAUGGAGGCAAACUUUGAGUUUUUCAAGCAGAAUUGGAAGAACUACGCAUCCGCCGCUGGGAUGGAUGGUUGGCCGGACACGAUGAAGAAGCAAAAAACGAGCAUCCUUCUGUCAGUGAUCGGAAGUGCAGCGCGCCAAAAGUACUUCAACUUUGAGCUUACGGUGGCAGAGACGGAUGAUCCGGAACUUGCUCUGGCAGCGAUCAAGGAAAAGGUAGUGCGCAAACGGAACAAGUUUGUCGACUGGAUCAAUUUCUUUGGCCUUUCGCAAGAUCCAGACGAAAAGAUCGACGACUACCUGAGGAAGCUGAAGGUUCUGUCGAAGUCAUGCCAGUUCGGAGCUCUGGAGAAAGAAAUGCUGCGGUUCAAGAUCGUCACAUCGAACAAGUGGCCAAAUCUCAGGACCAGGAUGCUGGGUAUGCAGGACCUGAAGGAAGAUGCGGCCGUCGACAUGUGCCGCGCAGAGGAACUCGUUGUAACCUACGGCCAGGUCGUAGGCCGGACGUGUGAUGAUGUCAAGAAGAUCCGGAAGAAGAAGGAGUGCAAGUGUAACCACUGUGGCCGGAAGAACCAUUUUGAAAGAGUGUGCAAGUCGGACCGGCGAAAGCAAUCGAAGAGCAAGCGGAAAGUUCACAAGGUUCAUCGAGAUUCUCUGGAAGAUAACAGUGAGGAGUCGGAUAGCAUCGAGUCGAGCAGCGGCAGCGAAGCAAGCGCAGUGAUCGGCAAGAUCGAAAAUUCGCUUGAACUCGGAGGUAACGUGACAACGGAGCUGGAUUUCUGCGUCGACGGUAAGUGGCAAUCAUCCCGCUGCAAUUUGGACACUGGUGCAAACACAAGUCUCGUGGGUUACACUUGGGUAACAACGAUGACCGGAUGUGCCAGACCAAAGCUACUACCGUCAGACUGCCGCCUCAAAAACUUCAGUGGAGCAGAGAUUCCUGUCCUCGGUGCGAUCGUUGUUCCCUGUCGGCACGAGGGUCGCAAAUACAAGCUUCUUCUCCAGGUAGUGAAUGGAUCGCACAUUCCCUUGCUAUCAGCGAGAGUGUGCAAGGUACUGAAGCUUGUACAGUUUUGCGACACCGUGUCUGAAUCUUCGUCUCAGUCGGAAGAGCCAGUGUUGGAGAUCAACCAAAUACGUGAUUUUCGUCGUGGUGGCCGAAGCGGAGAAACCGGAGAGGACCAUCUGCAGCUGUUUCAAGAUCAGCCGUGUGUUUGUAGCCGAGCAAGAUGCUGGCACCCAGCGUAGCCGCGUAAGGAACCCAGGAGUUGAACGCCCCGUGUUCGAUUGAGCUGUGUGUUGAGCGAAACAGCAAGCUGGAGU